AGUAAUCGAUACUUUUUUGAUAACGCGGCAUUUCCAAAUGGACAAUGCUCUACAGUUCAGUGGUUUUAAUCACGGUUGUUUCUAUUGAUCUUGUACUCACCAAUGUGGAAAGAAAAGAUACUUCAGUUAACACCGAUGAGCGUGAGCCCUUACAAGAUGGACGUCGCCGUCACAACACCGAAGAAAAGCAAGCACUGAGAAUCCGCAACGAUUAUGUAUCCAGCAUGAAUAGUAAUAAAGAUAGUUUGCGAAUUCGCGGUGGAAACGCGACUGAUACAAAGAAUUAUCCGUACAUAGCUGCUAUUAUAAUAAAUGGUAGACUGUGGUGUGCUGGGACCAUUGUUGACGUCAAUUGGGUGCUGACCGCUGCACAUUGUCUCAAUUAUGUCCUCCACGUUGCACCGAUGAAGACUUUAGGGCAAUAUGUCAAGAUCAGGGUGGGCAGCGCCCAUCCUCACGAGGGAGGGACGUUGGUUGAUGUGGCCGGAGCAAUUCGUCAUCCCAAAUUUGAAGAGGAACCAGUUCCACACGCUGAUAUAGCCUUGCUGAAACUUUCUGAAAACCUUGAAUUUCAACAGCACAUCAACCUUAUCAGAAUAUAUGACGGUAUGAAGGAGCCCUUUGCACAAAGUUUUGUGUCUGUAACGGGCUGGGGAGCUACACGUGGUUCAGAUACGUCGUUCCGUGAUCACACACCGGACCUGAUGACAGCUCGACUUAAGGUGCGCACGCGCAGCUAUUGCAGUGACGCAUAUCAGCUCGUCAACGGUUUUCAGUUCACGCCAGAUUUCUUUUGUGCUUCAUUGAGAAAUGGUACAAGAGAUGCAUGUUUGUUCGAUGCCGGUGCCCCGGCCGUGCAACACAAUCGGCUAAUGGGAGUCAUGAGUUUCGGACCAGAGCGAUGCGGACACGAGUACCAACCGGCUGUUUUUAUCAAGGCUUUUUAUUUUAGAGAUUUUGUAAAACAUACAAUAUCAUCAUACAAGACGACAGCUGAACUGAUAGAAGCGAUGAAAGACAUUGACCCGGUGGUCCGUCCACCGGUUCACGUGCUGGAGGACGGACCGGCGUACAACCCGGAAGAAGUUACGCAGCCGGAUUACAGACACGAUUGA